GUAGUCGCGUAUCUGUGGCGAUACUGAAACACACGUUAUAACUUUCGUCUAUAAGCAGCUGGCGCUUAAUCAUGAAAAAAACAAUUAGAAUCAAUCAAUUUUGUUGCAAUUGCUCGCUGCAAACCGGUUCAAAGGUGGUUGGAGCUUUGUCUCUGAUACUCCAAAUAAUUGGGCUCGUAGUUUUUCUCAUAUCGGCUUCAAGCGAUGCCUCUGAUGUUGAAGGCGGAAUAGUCUCUUUUAAAUUUAUCGGACGCAUAAUUUCCACCAUUUUCAUGGUGACCGCAAUCAUUUUUGUUUUGGUAUCUGCUACGAAGAAUAACCGGCCGAUGCUUUUAUUGCCUUGGCUAGUCCUUCAAGUCUUGUCGGUAAUUACAGGCAUCGUCUCUUCAUUAUACAUUGGCAUUUGUCUUUUAAUAGCCGUGCCGAACAUUACGGGAUUGAUUUUUAUGACUCUCGGUCUCGGUGCAUCAAUAAUCGGCAUCUACUUUUGGCUGGUGGUUUAUAGCUACUAUCACGAACUGAAGGCAUUAACGAAGAAGCAGCCCAAAGUGGAAGAGAAAACAACCAUCGUGAUUAUUGCUGAAUGCGAAAAACAAUUGCUCACCACAAUAGACUAACUUGUAAGAUUUGUCAGCAACGACCGUCUGACCAUUACGCAAAGUCCUAGAGCAACAACUUUUUUUAAAUUUUCAUUUCUGCCAUUUUUUUAAAACGUUUGUUCGAAAUUCAAAUGUGAAAUUCUAUUGAGCCGCAAGACCGAAUGUUCGUCUUCACGGGCCAUUAACGACAUAUCACUAUUUUUUUCAUUUUUUAAAUGAAAAUACAAUAUUAAUAAAUUUGAA